UGUUGCCCUCCUGGUUGGACUCUGUUUUACCAAAACUGUUACAUGUUCCACUACGGUGAAAUGAGCUGGGCUGAUGCAGAGCAUUUCUGCACUAUUAUUGGUGGACAUCUGGCUUCCCUCCCCACUAUAGAGGAGUACAAGUUACUCAGAGGGGGACUUCAGCUAGUGACUGGCUCAAAUAAAAACUGUUGGGUCGGAGGCUACUAUGCAGCAAAGGAUGGUGUGUGGCUGUGGAGUGAUGGUUCCAAGUUUGACUUCACAGGAUGGGGCAAAGGGGAGCCCAACAACGAGGCAACAGGAAACUGCAUGGAGAUUAACUAUAAGGGACAAGAUUAUGUCAACGACACAAAUUGUGAUCAGAAGAAAUCUUUCCUCUGUUCCAAACACCUGUGAAGACGCCCGCCGUGAGCCGACACAUCUGUCAUGAUGAUGUCACAUCGCCACUGAUGAUGUCACUUCUACCAGGACGUUGAGCCUCGACGACGUCACUGCUGGAAGAUCUAUUGACAGUUCAGAUUUGAUUUCAGUUUGAUCAAUAAAUAAAUAUAUCCUGUUCAGCAA